AUGUUCCGCGAAAUCCUGCCCAUUCUGGCCUACAUGAGUAUGCUGUCGGGCUCCUACUCGCUGCAUAUGGCGCGUGAUGCUUACAUAAAGGCUCCACCGCCACCCCCGGCUGCGGCUCAGCUGCUAGAAGAGUUGGACGAUGUGUCCGAAUUGCUAGCUGAAAAUAGCAUCCCGGCCGGUCCUCCCGCGUUGCAUUCCAAAGUCCAUCACCAAGGCACACUGUUGCAACAGCAGCAGCAACAACAGCAACAGAUGGCUCCGCAACUGCACACAAUCGGCGGAGUAGCCGCCGGAGGACCGCACGGAGUCGUAAUCAAUCAUCUAACCAGUAACGAACUGCCCGAACUCAGUCCGCCGCCGGUACGUCACCCGGUCGGUCCACUGAUUCAACCCCGCGGUCUGCAGGAACUCUUCGGAGUCCAGACCAACUUCGACAUGCGCAACAUGCCACAAUUGCCACCGUUACAACAACAACAGCAGCAGCAGCAGCUAAAAUCUUCCGCUGCCGACGGUGCCAACAGUGACGAAGAUCUACAGCAGCAACAGCCACGAAAUCCCAACAACAAACGAUCAUCUCACAACAACAGCAAUGGUGGUGGCACAGCCGACGGCACUGGCGGCGGCUACAUGGAUGACGGUCCCAGCAGUAGCGGCGGCGGAGGCGGCGGCAGCAGCAGCAGCAACAGCAACAACAAUGGCGGCAUGCCCCAGAUCCCACAUGGCAUGGCCAGCCAGCUGAUGCUGCGCAGCGCACGCGGUCAGCGACAGUACGAUGUUCCGCAGAUCGAAUGUCCACCCGCGAUGGACGGGAUGGAACGGUUUGCCUGUCCUACGCCGGACCGGCAAGGUCGCUAUCGGUGUAUAGACGAUCACGUGCUCUGCGACGGUUUCAUCGAUUGCCCGGAGGGCGAAGACGAAGACCGGCAAGCGUGUAUGUUCUACAAAACGACGAAAGCACAUCUGGACGUGCUAGCCGACGCCUUACUGAGAUGGGCACGAGGGCGCUAA